GGGCGCUGUGAGCGCCUGACUGCAGAUGAGAUGGACGAACAGAGGAGGCAGAAUGAUGCCUACCAGUACCUGUGUCACCUGGAGGAAGCCAAGCGCUGGAUGGAGGCCUGUCUGGGUGAGGUCCUGCCCCCGCCCACGGAACUGGAGGAGACCCUGCGCAACGGGGUCCUCCUGGCCAAACUGGGCCACUGCUUUGCCCCUGCUAUUGUCCCCCUGAAGAAGAUCUAUGACCCUGAACAGACACGGUACAAGGCAGCCGGGCUUCAUUUUCGGCACACGGAUAACAUCAACCACUGGCGUAAUGCCAUGAGCCACGUGGGGCUUCCCUCGAUCUUCCACCCAGAGACCACCGACAUCUAUGACAAGAAGAACAUGCCCCGGGUGGUCUACUGCAUCCAUGCACUCAGCUUCUACCUCUUCAAGCUGGGGCUGGCUCCUCCGAUCCAAGACUUGUAUGGGAAAGUGAACUUCACAGAGGAGGAGAUCAACAACAUGAAGCAGGAGCUGGAGAAAUAUGGGCUGCAGCUGCCUGCCUUCAGCAAGAUUGGUGGUAUUUUGGCCAACGAGCUCUCAGUGGAUGAAGCAGCAGUCCACGCCGCGGUGUUGGCCAUCAACAAAGCGGUGGAUCGGAGGGUGGUGGCCCAGACGAUGGAGACCCUCCACAACCCCCACGCCAUGCUGGUGGGACUGCGUGAGGAGCUGGCAGGUGCCUACCAGGAGGUGCUGCACCAGGCUAAGCUGGAGAAGGGCAGCAAUGCCAGAAACAGGUACCCACAGGUGAUCCCCGAAGGAGAGGAUGUCUAUGACUGGUGUCUGACCCAGGCUGAAAUCCAAGGGAACAUCAUCAAAGUGAAUGUGCGUGGGGCUCUGGAAGAGGUGGACAAUGCCCUGGAGAGACAGGAUGUGCUGGCACUGCAUCGUGCACUGUGGGACCCCACCCUGGCCCUGAGCUGCCUCCAGCGAGACAACCUCGAGCUCUACUUGGAGCAGCUCAGCACGGACCGGGAGGAGAAGGCGCUGGAACUGGGCUACCUGGAGCUGCUGGAGCAGGAGGAGGUGCAGGCAGGGAUCCUCACAGCGAAUCGGAGGGACGAGAAGGAGCGAGCCAUGCUGCAGGCUGUCAGCCAGAUCAAUGCUGCUGUCCGCCGAGGGAUGCCAGCAGAAACCUUGGAAGCGCUGAUGGACCCUGCAGCCCAGCUGCCUGAUGUGCACGCCCCUGCUGCCCUGCUGUACCAGCAGCAGCUGGCCCUGCUGCAGUGCCAGCACCCACGGGGCGAGCUGGCACAGGAGGAAUUGUUUGUGGCUGUGGAAAUGCUCUCAACUGUUGCACUGGUUAACCAAGCCCUGGAUGCCAGGAACCCAACCAGGCUCUGGAGCAGCCUGGUCAGCCCUGCCCUGGGCCUCUCAGGAGUUGAAGAUGCAAACGCACAGCGGUACUUUGAUGACUUGUUGCAGCUGAAAGGCCAAUCAAGGAAAGCAGGAGCUGAGUUCCUGAGCUGGAAUGACAUUCAGGACAGCAUCAACAGCACCAAUUCAUCAGUGCAGGAUGAAAACGACCGAGCCCACGCGGUCCGGCUGGUCAAUGAGGCGCUGCUGCAGGCGGACCCUGAGAAGACGCUGGCGGCGUUGCUGCUACUGGCACCUGCCCUGCCUGACAUUGCCCUUCCAACUGCCCCACGCUACCACAAUGUCCUGUCCAGGGCACGGAGGCAGAAAGUCCAGGCCACGGAGGACAAUGGAGCUGUUCUUUGGUGGGAGGAGAUCCAGAAAGGCGUCUUCCAGGCCAACCAGGACACAGUGGCAGCCAGGAGCAUGGCUCUGGGCACAGCUGCCAUCAACCAGGCCAUCAAGGAAGGGAAGGCGUCACAGACACUGCGGGUGCUGUGCAACCCUGACGUGGCCCUGCGUGGGGUGGUGAACGCCUGUGCUGAUGCCUACCAGGAGCAGCUGGCAGCUCUGAUGGCCACCAAGAGACCAGCAGGGGGCAUGAAGCCAUCCUGGAUCCGGCACAGACUGCUGGAUGGUGCCGAGUACUACCUGAACCUGCAGACCUUGGAGGGCAGCUGGCAGUGCCCACGCAAUGGCAGCUUCAACACCACGCAUCUGAGCCGAGAGGAGAUCCAGUUGGUCGUCACCCAAGUGACAGUGGCACAUGACCGGGAGUGCCUGUGGGCAUCCAACGUUGCCUUGGUGGUGAGGCUGCAGGCGCGGCUCCGGGGCUUCCUUGUUCGCCAGCAGUUCACGGCACGGCGGCACAUCCUGCAGGAGCAGAGGCCAGCUGCCAUCAGGAUCCAGGCUUGUUGGAGGGGGUACAGGCAGCGCAGAGCUUACCUGGAGAGGCUGCACUACCUGAAAUCCCACACAGAGGCUGCAAUCAAGAUCCAGGCGGCUGUGAGGAUGUGGCAGGCACAGAGGAAGUACCAGGAGAGGCUGCGCUACUUCAGGCAGAAUAUUAAAGCCAUAAUUAAAAUCCAGGCUUUUGUGCGAGCAAACAAGGCCCGUGGGGAUUACAGGAUGCUGGUCCACACCAAGAGUCCAGCCUUGGGCAUCGUUCGGCGCUUCAUCCACCUGCUGGAGCAGAGCCAGCACGACUUCUGGGAGGAGUCAGAGGUGCUGCGGCUGCAGGAGGAGCUGGUGAAGAGGAUCCGUGCCAGCCGGCAGCUGGAGAGCGACCUGGACCUCAUGGACAUCAAGAUUGGGCUGCUGGUCAAGAACAGGAUCACACUGCAGGAGGUGGUCUCCCACUGCAAGAAGCUGACCAAGAAGAACAAAGAGCAGCUCUCAGAGAUGAUGUCCAUGGACAAGCAGAAGGGGCUCAAGUCACUCAGCAAGGAGAAGCGGCAGAAGCUGGAGGCCUAUCAGCACCUCUUCUACCUGCUGCAGACACAGCCGGUGUACUUGGCCAGGCUGAUCUUCCAGAUGCCCCAGAACAAGUCCACCAAAUUCAUGGAGUCGGUGAUCUUUACACUUUACAACUACGCGUCCAACCCACGGGAGGCUUACCUGCUGCUCCAGCUCUUCAAAGUGGCGCUGCAGGAAGAGAUCAGGUCCAAGGUGGACCAGGUUCAUGACAUCCUGACGGGCAAUGCCACGGUGAUCCGGCUGGUGGUCAGCUUCUACCGCAACGUCCGUGGGCAGAACGCCCUGCGGCACAUCCUGGCUGGCCCCGUGCAGGAGGUCCUGCAGGACAAGACCCUCAGCAUCCGCACGGACCCUGUGGACAUCUACAAGGCAUGGAUCAACCAGACUGAGUCACAGAGUGGGCACAGAAGCAAGCUCCCAUAUGAGGUCAGCCCUGAGCAGGCUCUCAGCCACCCUGAGGUGCAAAGGCAGCUGGACAUUUCUAUCCGCAAUCUCCUGGCAAUAACAGACAAGUUUGUCUCUGCUAUCACCUCUUCUGUUGACAAGAUCCCCUAUGGGAUGCGCUACAUGGCCAAAAUCCUGAGGAUGUCCUUGGUUGAGAAAUUCCCCAAGGCCUCAGCAGAGGAGGUUGAUAAGGUUGUGGGGAACCUGCUCUACUACCGCUUCAUGAACCCGGCAGUGGUGGCCCCUGACGGCUUUGAUGUCGUGGAUGUGUCAGCCAGGGCAGCCCUGCAGCCUGAGCAGCGCCGCAGCUUGGGGUCCAUCGCCAAAGUGCUGCAGCACGCCGCUGCCCGCAAGGCCUUCCAGGGGGAGAGCGCCCAUCUCUGCGGCGUGAACCAGUACCUGGAGGACACCCACAACAAGUUCAGGAGGUUCAUCUCUGCUGCCUGCUGCGUCCCCGAGCCUGAAGAGAGGUUUAACAUGGAUGAGUACUCAGAGAUGGUGGCAGUGGCCAAACCAGUCAUCUACAUCACAGUGGGGGAGCUCAUCAACACUCACAAGCUCCUGCUUGAGCACCAGGACUCCAUUGCACCACACCACAGUGACCCCCUGCAUGAGCUCCUGGAGGAUCUUGAUGAGCUUCCUACAGUCCAGUCCCUGGUUGGAAGCUUGAGCUGGACUGCUUUGGGCAUGGGAAGCCAGCCCAACACAGCUAGCAGGGCUCUCUCUGCCCUCGCAGGGGAGAGUGUUGCCAGCCUGGGAGACAGUGGUGCUGAGCAGGUGCUCUCCCAGCUCAGCAGAACAGAGAUCUCCCUCACCCUCACCAACAAGCUGGUGCCAGUGGCCAGCAGUGAGGAGAGUGACACAAGGAGCCUGCUGCUGAGCACCAAGCAGAUGCUGGUGGAUUUGAUCCAGUCCCAGCCAGGAGAUUCUCUCCCGGAAAUCCUGCGGACACCAGCCUCAGAGCAUGAGGAAGCUGCCCAUGAGCACCUCAUGUGCCGGCGAGCGCUGCAGGACACCCAGAGCUCUGCGCAGCUGAAGCGCCAUCGCUCCCUGGCUGCCAACAGCCGGCUCUCCAUGGAGGAGAAGAAGCGCAAGGUCAUCCGCAACCUGCGGCGCUUGGAGAGCCUGGGGCUGGUGGACUCUGCCAACUGCUACCAGGAGCUCAUUGAUGAGCUGGCCAAGGACAUUCGGAACCAGCGGCGUCACAGGCAGCAGCGCCGCAGGGAGCUCCUGAAGCUGAGGCAGACCCUGGAGGGCCUCGAUGCUAAGACUCUGUUUUAUGAGGAGCAAAUUGAUUAUUACAACCAGUACAUCAAGACCUGCCUUGACAACCUGGCAGCCAGCAGCAAGGUCAGUGGGAAGAGCAAGAAGCUGCCAUCACUGCACUACACAGCAGCCCAGCUGUGGGAGAAGGGGGUGCUGCUGGAGAUCCAGGACCUGCCGCCCAGCCAGCUCAAGAACGUGAUUUUCGACAUCAUCCCCUGUGAGGAAUCAGGCAGGUUCCAGGUGAAAGCCAAAUUCAUGGGGAUCGACAUGGAGUGCUUCCAGCUGCACUACCAGGACCUGCUGCAGCUGCAGUACGAGGGUGUAGCAGUCAUGAGGAUGUUCGAUAAGGCCAAGGUCAAUGUCAACCUGCUCAUUUUCCUCCUCAACAAGAAGUUCUUCAAGAAGUAACAGGGUCAGGGGUGGGGCUACAGGGGAGGGGGGCAAUGUAAACCUGCCAAAGAGACCUCAGGGUUGGUGGUGUGAGGGCAGGGAAGCUGCUGCUGGCCAUGGAGCUUUCCUGCAUGGGGGUGCAGUGUGCUUGAGCACCUGCAGCCAGUGGUGCCUGACUGAGGAGCACAGGGCUCAGCCCCAGCCCUGGGCACCCGAGCUUGGUACUAAACCAAUGCCUGACCUCCCUGCAGGAGGGAUGCAGCUGCCAAAGCUUUUGCAGCAUGUGUUGCUUUUAAAAUCUAUUUUAUCUGGGUAUUUUGGCUGUUUAAUGCCUGUGUUGCCAACAGCCAGCCCAAGGACACUGUAUUUCUGGACACUACACAGGUUUUACUGAUGUAAUAAAGGUAUUCUAAUAUAUCUAUAUUUAUCUAUCUAUAUCCAUAUGGAUGCAUGUGUUUCUUCCUCAUGCUAAGGCUGGGACAAUGUCAGAAUCAGUUUUUAUAAGGAGGGGUAGGGAGAGGCACAGAGAGAGCAGAUAACAGAGAGGCAAUAACUGCUUAUGAAGACACCUAUCAGCUCUUCUGUAGUACAUUGAGGUGUAAAAGAACAAUUUUGAUUUUAAAGAUGAAUUUUGCUGCUCUUCAGCCAGGCUGUGAAACACAAGAGCAAGGCUCAGUGUCACUGCUGCCCCAUGGAUGCUUUGGGGGACUGGAGCAGAUCUUUGGACCACAUUGGUGCAUCAUCUGCUGUGGAACAACACCACAGCACCACCUCAGUAGGGAUGGUGGUGUCUCUGUCCCCUUUUGAUUUGCUCUGGUGCUUAAUUGGUUUUCAAGUGUGGGACAAUGACUGCCUUUGCCCGUGGCUGCAUUUAAAGCUCUUUCUCUCCAUGUGAGCUCCUUCUCCAGCCCCUUCCAUGGGAUGGGAAGGGAGCUGCUGGGGUAGUCCCAACCUCCUCCCACCCCAUCUCCUUCAGCCAUGGGAGCAGCAGCCCCAAACCUGCUCAGCAAAGGAAGUUUUUUGGGGGAUUGGAAUAGGAAUCUCCCUUGCUGCUCAGUAACUGCCAGGGGACCUUGAGGCAGCUCAGAGGUACCUGAUCUGUUGGCACUCAGGCUCUGUCUUCUCUUUGGAAAGUGAUGUUUGUUUGUGAGGUUUUAAUGUGUUUUUUCUUUCCCUCCUCUCAUAUCAAUGGCUCAAACUGUGCUUAUUCUAUCCCCAUCCGUGCAGGAUUCCUGCUGUGCUGCCUCUUCUUGUUUACUCUAAAUAAAGAUGUAUCAGAAACUACA